CGCUGGUGUGGGUGGCGGCGGGGCAGGGCGAGGCGGGGCUGUGGGACAUCGUCAGCGGCCGCUGUCGGCAGGUGCUGCGCUGCCUGGGUCCGCUGGAGGCGGAGGCGGCCGCCGCGGCCACCCUGCCCGCAGCACUCAGCCCGCACACCUGGCCACCGCCGCCGCCGGCCCUGCCGCAGCCGCCGCAGCCGGGGUUAGCGGGCUUGGAGGGUGCGGGCGGCAGGGGCUCACAGCGCGGGGAUGUGGCAGGGGGGGCGGGCGGUGCGGGUGCGGGUGCGGGUCGAGGAGCAGGAGGAGGAGGAGGGGGUCCUGCAGGCUCGGGCUCGCUGGGCGUGGAGGCCAUCUCACAACCGCAGCCCCGUACGGCAGGCGCCCGCUGCCUGCUGCCGCUGCCGGGCGGUGCGCUGCUGUGGGGCGGCAGCGACGCCGCGGUGCGCUACUGGGACGCCUCGCGACCCGAGGGCAGCUACGCGGUGUGCGGGCCGCUGUGGCCGGGCGACUCGCUCAGCGACGGCACCUCGCUCAGCGGCCUGAGCGUCCCCGAGUACAGGUACAAGUACCGCGCCCGGGCGGUGGGCGACGUGGCGGUAUGCGAGGAGCUCUGCCUGCUGGACACAUCCGGCACCCGACUCACGGAGAGCUGCCACGAGCUGAGGGGGCGGGUGCGGGUCAACGACCAGGCGCACGCGGACGCGGUGACGGCCCUAGCGGUGGCGGACCCGCCGGGCAGCAGCCGGCUGCUGCUGAGCGCCAGCCGGGACGGGGUGAUCAAGGCGUGGAAGUGAAGGAGGGAGGAGGGGAUGUGGGUGCUCUGUUGAGGGUCCUCGUCCUAACUUCUUCUCGGUCUGACUCUUUGCAUCCCACUUCGGUGACGGUCGGACGGGCUGACAAUGAGGAGGGAGGGGAGUCCUUGCUUGCGCCGUGUUGCUUGCAACCCCUCCCUUGCAAGGGUUGCAGUGGUUGGAGGGGUCGCUGCGGUGGUGGUGUUGCGAGGUGAUGGUUCGCGGCUUUCGUGAUGCGGGCGCGACAGGCCAGGGGAAGGCCGCGGGGGCGAAGCGAUAAGGAGUGUGGAGCACGCGUGCGCGCGCAGGUGCUGCAUGCUGCGCUGAGGCCGAGGUCGCUGAGGCUGCACCCUCACUCCUACACACCCGUUGUACGUUAUAGUGGGACCCGGCCUUCUUCGAUACCGCAGCGCUCGUCCAAGCCGCCACGUGCGCCGCCACACCCUCAUCACUGUGCUAGUGGUACCACCACUUUAUGACACUGCUAACCGCCACAGCGGCACAGCCAGAGGCAAGUUUUGACCGUCACGAACGCAGACAGCAUUUGAAGGACAGCAAUGCCAGCU